GGAACACACUCAGCUUCUUUCCUCUCCAACAAAGUUGUGGUUACAAGCUUUGUGAGCAAAUCUGGUUCAGUAAAAAUGGAUUCUACUAUCAUUACAGGCACUGUCACAUGUCACUCCUUUACGUGAUUAUUUCCUUCGAGAGGAAAACUAUGAGAACAUCAAGAGACCUCCUGGUGAUAAGCUCAGUCUUCUGCCAAAAAGAUUCGGAGAGCUAAUCAGGAAGCUAUGGAAUCCAAAAGCAUUCCGAACUCACGUGUCACCUCAUGAAAUGCUUCAGGCCACUGUCCUUUGUUCCGACAAAAAGUUUCAGUUCAUCAAACAAGGAGAUGCUGCUGAGUUUAUGAGCUUUCUUCUAAACACAUUGCACAUUGCUUUGAAUGGAACUCAGAAAUCGUCUUCUUCCAUUAUAUACAAAAUAUUCCGUGGUCGCAUGCGACAGUAUUCAAGGAGAGUUGUUCCGGCUGAGGCAACAGAUUACGAACGAAUGCGGCUUCUCCAACAACCCGAAUAUAAUGGUUAG